UGUACACAGGAAGGUCAGCCACACCCUCUUGCCACCUCCCUCACCUGCCACACCUGCACUCACAGCCUCACCACUCAGGCACUGGGAGAGGACCUGAGGUCAGUACUACGUCUGGAGACGCAGGACUCCACCGUCAAGCUCACUGCCAGGAUCCCUCAGGACGUCUCAUUUACUGAUAUGCCGGGGGCUAUAACAAUUAAUUAUAUGACGUUCCCGAUCACUAAAGACAAUCCUUCUGGAGCGUCCGUAUCGACGCUGCUUAACGUGAAGUGUGACACAGCUGCAGCAGAGAACAGCUCUUUUUUUCUGGCAUUCAGUGUUCCUGAGAGUGACGGUACCUCCGUGCAUGAGUACAAUGAUGCAGUUGACGUAGAUAAGAUAACGGUGGAACCCAUGAACGUGACAUUCGAAAACAUGCAAGAUUAUGCAUUCGUGCCUGAGAAUGAUGUGACGGUGUUUGUGACGGUACAAGACAGUAACAGAGUUACUCGAGACUUUGGAUAUGCUGAGGUUAAACUGAGAGGUGAGUCUUGUGUCCCCUUCCCUUACCUUCCCCUCAGUGAAUGUCCUUGAUGCUGUCGAGGGGCUCUUGAUCAAAGGAAUUUAAGCAGAUUCGCCCCUCCUCCACCUGUUAUCAGGUAGUGCUUCUGACUAGGCCUCCUUAUUUUGUUAGGAAUAUUACAGGAUUA